UGUCGAUGUUACUUUCAGCGGUAUGUUUACGUUUGUGAAACUUCACAGAAGAAAUUGUAUUAGAAAUUCGGUGAAAUAUUAAAAUUUACAGACCUAAAUAUAAAGAUGGCUUACAGCCCAGGUAAUAAGGCAAGAACAGAUAUUCCUAUGAUGACUGCUACACCAACCAAACAUUCUUCACCUGAUAGUGAUGUAGACGAACCGGAAGAGAUGUUCAUCCCGUUUCAAACUUAUCCUAAAACAAGACCCUUUAUAAAUUCAGAUUAUACUCAGUCACCUACUAAACCUAUUAUACCAUUUCCUGAAAGUAGUAGAGAUGGUAUUUAUUCGGCAAUGAAGAAUUUACAAGAGAAGGUUCGUAGAUUAGAAUUAGAGAGAACGGCUGCAGAAGAUAAUCUGAAAACUCUGGCAACGGAGACCACGCAAUAUUCUUCAUCCAUAUUACAGCGAACUCAACAAUCAGAGAAAUUAGCCAAUGAUAUUGUAGCUAAGCAAACACUAGAAUUAGAAAGUCAGUUAACGGCAGCGGAAUCACGAUGUGGUAUGUUAGAGAAACAGUUAGAUCACAUGCGACAGAUGGUCCACCAUUCAACACAAGAACAGCUCAACUCAGCACGCAGACGAUUAGAACUGGAGAAACAGACUGAUUCCAACGCUUCAUCACAGUUCCGCAGUCAGCUCAAUAAGAUAUCAGAUCUAGAGCGAGAACAUUUAAAACUGACAGCAACCCAGUCAAUAUCGGAGAAUAAAAUUCGUGAAUUAGAGCAAAAAUUACAACAAGAAGAUAUUCACCGUAAACUUAUUUUACAGAGAACAGCGGAGCUUCAAGCUCGUCCACCAUCAUCAUACAUCACCCAGAAUUACAGUGGGAGUGAUGAUAUACCUAUAAAACUACCAAAUAAAACAAAAAAGAAAAUGGUGAAAAAGAAAAAAAAGAAAACUGUGACGGCCAGCGAGAAAGGAAAUCUGCACCCGACAAAGAAAUGUAGCAAACAUAACGAUCCCACUUCUCAUUAUCGUCUCAAUCUGGCAGAAAUACCGUUUGUUGCUGGCAAGUCAACUGGUCCUAGUCAUUCUGUAGGUGCGAAUGUACAGAAAGUUAUAUCAAUGAUGAAAUCACACAACCUAGCGCUAUGUUCAGCCAUGUAUAACGGCCACAGUCAGAGAUCACCGAGCAUGUCAUCGUCAUCAAGUACUAACAGUCUGGAUAACGACAUGUCUGAAAUAUUACAACAAUUACAAGAUGAGUUCGGACAACUUAGCAUAGAACACGAAGAGUUAGUGAAUCAUAUCGAUGAGGCGUCUGAUUUACGAGUAAAACAAGAUUUAAGGCGGGAACUGGAUCGUAUAAUACGUCGUCUGGAAACAAAAAGUCAACAAAUAUCAAAAGUUAGAUCACAUCAACAAAAGUUGGCAGAAUUAAAGAAAAAAGGUAAACACAGAAGAACAGAUGUAGUGAAUCGACUAUCACCCCAGCGUCCGUACUCCGCUGCGCCUCGACUAACAUCCACUAAACAAAACAACACAAAACAAACCAAUAAAAAUAUUUCUAGUCCGCGUUCCGCUGGUGGUGCAGCGUUAAAUGUUUUAAAUGAUAUGCGUAAAUUACAGACAACGUUACGGAAGGAUGAUGUGAGCUGGGAAUGACACACUCGGAUAAUUUAAUAAUGGUUUUUAUAUUUAUGUUAUUUUAUUUACUGAGGUAUUAUUUAUAAAAAUUUAAACUACAAUAUAAUGAAAAACCAGCGCAUAAAGCAAGCAAGAAAUUAAUGUGAGGAAAAAUAUUAAUGUGAGCAAUGAAAUAAUAAAAGUAAGAAAUUAAUGUGGACAAUGAAUUAGUGUGGGCAAUGAAUUAAUGAGAGCAAUGAAUGAAUGAGAGCAAGAUAUUAAUGUGAUUAAUGAGAGAUUGGCAAGAUAUUAUUGUGGCCAAGCAAUUAAUGUGAGAAAGAAAUUAAUUUGUGGAAUUAAUGUGAGAAAGAAAUUAAUUUGUGGAAUUAAUGUGAGCGGAAAAUUAAUGUAAAAAUUUAAUGUAAGAAAUUAAUGCAAGCAAGAAAUUAAUGUAAGAAAUUAUUGUUAGCAAGAAAAUAAUAUUAGCAAGAAAAUAAUCUGGACAACAAUGUGAGCAAGAAUUUAAUGUGAGUAAGAAAUUAAUGUCGUUGAGAAAUUAAUGGAAGCAAUGAAUCAAGAAAUUAAUUAAUGUGAGCAAGAAAUUAAUGUAACUAAGAAAUUAAUGUGAAAAAUGAAAUAAAAUUACAAGGAAAAAAUAUUACAAGCAAAAAAUGUAAGAAAUGUGAGCAAUGAAUUAAUUGUGAGCUAGAAAUGUAAGCAAUGAAUUAAUGUAAGCAAGAAAUUUGAGCAAUGAAUUAAUUGUGAGUAAUGGAAUAAAAUCACAAGCACGAUAUAUUACAAGCACAAAAAUGAUAAAAGCAAGAAAUUAAUGCUAGCAAGAAAUUAAUGCUAGAAAGAAAUUAAUGCUAGCAUGAAAUUAUUGCAAGAGAUGUAUUCUAUUGCCAGUCAUUGAGAUCAGAUAAAUAGAGGAUAUUUGUCGUUUUAGAGUGAAUAACAUAUUUUAUUUCAUCGAGAAGCAAGAAAACUUAUAUUUUCACGAAUGCGUAGCAUGAGUGAAAAUAUAAACGUUUUCUUGCUUAGAGAUGAAAUAAAAUAUGUUAUUCACGACAAAACGACAAAUGUUCUAUUUAUUUUAUGAUUUUACAAUCAUUUUAGGUAAAAACAACUAGGCAGUGGAAUAACACUUUUAUUUCACUGAUAAAACGCGGUAUUCCACUACUGAUCAUAAAAUAAAGUAUUAUAUAUAAUGUCUUUACCCGGUAGAUCAGCUGUCUCAUGUCAAAUAGAACACACCUUAAAACAAAACCAAAACAAUAUUCUCCAGUGAUUAUUGCCAUUAUGCUCAUAACAUGGGGUUUUAUUUUAUGUUAAAAUUACUAGACAAGACUAGGACACAACAGGUUGUAUUAAAAUCAAUAUUGGGCUGUGGAUGGCCGAAUGGUUAGCACAGGCGCGUUAGAUCAUAAGGUCUGUCAUUGAGUCAUCUGGCAUGGUUUUGAUUCCCUGGUUGUACGUGACAAGGAGUAGGGUCGCCUAUCCAACCUCGUGGGUUUUCUCCGGGUCCUCCGGUUUCUUCCCACAGUUAAAGACAAAGACCCCUACAUGCAAUCAAAUUAUUGAAUUAAAAUUGAUCCAUGUGUUAGUCCCGAAAUGACAUAGUUUGUGUCGAGUAGGCCUUAAACCCCAUUUCUCUCUUUCUCUAAAAUCAAUAUGCAGUAAUUUCAUGACACAUUAAGAAUACUUGCUUGUCAUUGGUUGGUUGUAGUAAUCCUAGUAAACAUUUAUCUUCUGGCCAGUCUCUAAAACAUUUUAGUUUAACUUUGUGUAAAUAAAACCCCAGGUAUUGUAGUCAAUAAAUAGUGAUAUUAGUAGUAAAGGGACAUUUAGACAUAAUGAAUCAAAAAUCACCAUUAGAUAUUAAUAGAAUCAUAAGAAAACUGAUCAAAGAUCUGUAUUUAAUUAUAACAUCGGGAUGUUAUAAUCAUAACGGCCAUUUUAAAUUCAUAAUAUCUUUCUGAAUACUGGACGGAGUUAAAUCACGUUUAGUUGACAUUCCUUCUGGAGUUUAAUAUUGCGUAUUGGCAUGGGAUUUAAACCCCUAAUAUGACAUUCAGCGGAAAUAUCUUUUUAAUAUAUCAUAGGUUUAAUAUGUCUGGGGCUAAAUGGUCUAACUUGUACGCUUUAAAUCAUAAGGUCUGUCAUUGAAUCCAGUGGCAUGGUUUGGAUUCCCAGUUUGUACUCGACAAUUGUAUCAUAAGGUCUGUCAUUGAGUCAACUGGUUUGGUUUCGAUUCCCCGAAUGAACCUGACAAGGACUAGGGUCUCCUGUACGCAAGUGAAUUAUUAAAAUAAAGUUGAACCCUGUUAGUCCCGAAUUUACCUGGUUUGUGUCAAGUGGAUGUUUAACCCCAUCUCUCUCUCUCUCUCUCUCUCUCUCUCUCACUCUCUCUCUAUCUCUCUCUCUCAAACAAUAGUAUAGAGUUAAUAAUUAAUAUAGGUAACACUAUUUAAUAUUAUUUAAUCAUCGUUAUUUCUAUCGUAAAUAAAUUAAUGCUUGAUUUUCAACGUUUAGUUCUUUAUUCACAGACCUUCAUCGAAUGUUGAAAACCCAAAGUUUAUUUAUUUAAUUUUAUUUAUAUAUAUUUAUAUCCAGGUAAUAAUUUAUAAAAUUAUUUUUGGCCUUUGAUUAUUGAGUCAGAAUUGAUAAAGAAAAAAUAAUUAUUGACAUUUCAAACUUUGUGCCAGACAUGUAUUAUGCAAGAUCUAAAUCUGCCUAUUUGCAGGUCUUUCUUUAGGCCCGAAAUGUUAUCUAAAUUAUUAAUUAGACAUUAAUUAACUUAUCCAGACCAUAAUCAACUCUUGAUGCCAUAGCUACCCUGCGAUAUUUACUGGAUUUGAAUACAUUUGGUGAUGGAUGAUUUAACGUCAGAAUGGUUAAUCAAGCCUUUGUUUAUUGUUGUACUAAAUUUAGUAAUGAUAAUCGAGAAUAGUCUUAAAUUGGAUUGUUUGUAUCUCGGUUCAGAGUGAAGUAAUUUGACUGAAAUUCUCAGCAUAUUCUAUUUACAUUAUCUAUUUUUUAACUAUUAUAGCAAUAACUGUCAUUUAUAACUGUCAUUGUCCCUUUAAUAAAAUCAAUAGAAACACAUAAAAAAAAAAUACAAAUCAAUGGCGUCCGAGCGGUUGUUUGAAUUUCUGCUAGACAAUAUCUGUAAUCAGUGCUUUAUUCCCAGGUCUUCUGUUUUAUUCCUUGUUGUUGAGUAAGAUAAAAAAACUUCAGUUUAAAUUCUCAAACAUUCUGUUAAGUUCAUUCCAGUAAGCUCAAGUUUUAUUUUAUCUUUGCGUAACAAUGAGCCUAAUUUUAAUGAUUAAAUUGUUUCAAUGGCGUUUAGUAAUUGAACUGAAAAUAAGACAUUUUUUCUAGUCUUCUCGUGGUCUUUAUCAAGCAAUCAGACUAGAGAAGCUUAGCAGAAACGUCACUCAGUAAUAUAAUUCUAAAAUACUUUUUUGCAUAUAAUUUGGUACUGUGUUUUUCCAAUUCGAUUAGGGUGCCACGGUGGCUAAGUACGUAAGACGCUGGCUCUCUAGCCUGGAGGUCGUGUGUUUGAUCCCUAUAUUGUCCGAGAAAGUUCAUUGGGAUUUCCGGUGUAGUUUCCCCCAUGUCAGUGGUACAGGACGGAGGGCCUGAUAAGGACAGCUGUCUAGUCACUCGAAUGAAAAAACGAGGUCCUGUGUACACAUUGGCGUGCACGUAAAAGAUCCCUUGGCAGUUGGAAUUCGAUAUAAAAGUAGGCCAUAGUGCCGAUGCCCGGACAAAAUUCCCUCAUAGCACACUGUAUGGCGUAUGCCCAUCUUCAUUAUCCCAGUCAGACCAGAACAGUAGGACGUUGAACUUCAUUUCAUCUCCAAUUCAAUUACUAAAUGUUGUUGAGAAUAAUUAUAUUCAGUAUUUUAUGUGUAUUGUUAUUAUAUUCCUCACCAAUUAUUAUUUUAAUUCAUGGCUGGCCAAAUUUGUUUUUAAAAUAAAAUAUCAGUUUAACUGUAAUAUAACAAAAAGGCUAUAGUUGGUAAUAAUGAUUAUGAACUGCAAUAGUUAUACUUAAAAUACAGAUGUGACAUCAUCCUUUGAUGUUGGGUACCAUUAUUUCACAUAAUGGUACGGGCAAUGUGCCAAUCGUACCUUAUUUAUACUAGUUGAAAUAUUGGACCCGCGUGACGCAUUUCAUUGAAAUGCACGUGCUGGAUAGUGUCUGUAUUUUAAGUUGUUUAAUGGUUUUGUGCAAGACAUUGCGUAAUAUAUAGAUAUAGCCCUCGUGUUAUCGCGUACUCGUACAAUAUCAAUAUAUUACUUAAUGUCUCGCACUCGACCAUUAAACUAUGGUCAUAAUGUAUGUAACCCAUUCAGUCAUUUAAUAAGGGUUGCCAGUCACCAUAUUAUUACCUCUCAUGCAAGCCUUGAAUGUAUUCCAUUGUACAUAUAAAAUGUAUUAAUUGUAUAAUAAUAAUAAAGUCAUAUUUUACAAAA